AUGCCAACUCGUGAUCAAGCUCCAUUCUUUCGCCUGGCCGGCGGCAAGCUCAACAUGGGGAGGAAACACAAGCCCAAAACGAGGGAUGCGGCAGUGGAUGGAGAGAAGCAUCUUGUGCGAGAUCCAAUUACGGUCUAUGAUGAGAAAACCCUCCGAUCACAGGUGACUCGCAGGCUGGGUACAGGGUCUACCGUGGAGCUCUUGGACUCAGACAUUCCGCCUGGUGCGGAGUUUCUGCUCUGUCGUUUUCGCAGUCGCAACAAGCUCCUCCUGGGGUACAUCAAGAUGGAGGAUUAUGGAUGCCUGGAGAAGGCGAUACGCACCCCGCCAUCACCUUCGGCAAAACCAGCAUCACCACAACGCCUCCUGCAAGCUAAGGACCUCCCUCCCACACAUCUGCCUACUCCGAACGAGCUGUUGGGAAAGACGUGCGGCAGUCCUGAGGAGACCGAUCUUAUUUUGGACCUCCCUCCCACACAUCUGCCAACUCUGAACAAGCUGUUGGGAAAGAUGUGCGACAGUCCUGAGGAGGCCAAUCUCAUUCUGGGGUGUAUUCUUCCUGAACACUCAAGGGUAUACUCCCUGGAGCCACAGCAGUAUGGUUUCAGAGGAGGACAUAUGUACCACAAGCCUUGUGGUUGGCUCCGCUUUGCAGUCGCCGCAAGACGAGAAUACGACCACAAUUGGUGCGUGGCAUACCACGGAACCCGUCACAAUAACGUCCCAUCAAUUCUGCGGCGAGGCCUUCUUCGACCUGGUGAUGGCAGUGUGCAGGUUGCCCAUGGACAAGCUUACAGUACGACCGGCCGAAGUAUCUAUGUGAGUCCAUCAGUUGAGUAUGCCGCUUUCCCCGUUUACUCCCAGUUCGUUGAGGUCGGAAAGGAGCAUUGGGCUCAACUGGUGGUUCAGUGUCGCGUUUGUCCCUCUUCUUUCCAGAAAGAGCCAGGAAGUCUGGGAAACAAGUACUGGCCCGAAGACCUUCCUAUUGACCCGAGCUAUCCAACCUGUGAUGGGCUUGAGUGGCUCAUCGAGGACGAGGCACUGGUUGUGCCCACUGCUCUGCUGCUCCGGGAAUUCGGGCCUCGAGCAGAUCCUGGCCUUUUCGGGCCCAUUGCAUGCCAGGUGCAGAGAGGACAGCAGGGGCCAGAAUAUGAGUGGACUCGAUUGCGAAUCGACCACAUGAAGCGCACCAUCCCACCAUCUCGACAGCUUUCAGUCUGUCACGUGAUGUGA